AAAGGUUAGGAAAAUUUUCACCACGCACGUUAUGUUAGCUGUAGUGCUUACUAACUGUUUGCACUGUAAAUCCGCAGUAUAAUUCAAAGUUUUUUUGUAGUGAUUAAUCAGAAUGUAACAUGCUGAAAAAUAUAUAUUCCUCUGCUCGGAACAGAAUUUUGAGUGUCACACGUGGGAGAAUUUAGAGCCAUCUGUCGGAAAUGGAUGCUACUACACAAGAGGAAGAGCACCUUAUCGAAAGCGAGCGAGGGCUCUUCCACAGGUGUUCGACGGCGGCGAUCGUGGGAGAAGAGGGAAGCCAUGGAUUCUCCAUCAGUUGAUGAAAACCAGGACUUGGGAUUCUUUAAAGUAUGGCUUCUUAUUUCGCAGCUCCUCGGUGUGGUCAGCAUUGCUCUGGUCUGGGCCUGGUGUGGGCAGUACUUGGGAGGCUUUGCCUGGCAGUCUGAUCCAAAAAUUCAGUUCAAUUAUCACCCCUUCUUCAUGGUUCUUGGCUUAAUCUUUUGUUAUGGAAAUGCAUUGCUUGUAUAUCGUGUGUUCCGUAACCAACGCAAACGGACGCUGAAGCUGCUGCAUUUAGGACUGCACACUCUCGCUUUCGUAUUUGCCAUUGUUGCACUGAAGGCAGUCUUUGAUUCCCACAAUCUACCAGCGAUACCUCUUGCCAAUCUCUACUCUCUUCAUAGCUGGCUCGGAAUCACAGCCGUUGUUCUCUUCGCUAUGCAGUAUUUUUUUGGUUUUGUGGCUUUUCUGUACCCGGGACUGACUAAGAUUUGGCGAGGAAAAUAUUUACCACUUCAUGUGUUCUUCGGAUUAGCAAUCUUCAUCAUGUGUGUUGCUGCUGCGCUCAUGGGAAUUACAGAAAAACUGAUCUUCUCUCUGUAAGCAUUAUUCUUAAUUUAAAAAAAA